AUGGCGAGCAUUUGGGUCUCUCAACUGGGAACCAUUUGCAGCUCCAAGACUUUGCUCUUGCUGUUUUCCAUCCUGCUGCUGGAGGGGCCUUUCUCUGGAGAGAGCAGCCCCAUCUCCAACACCCAUCAGAGACAUCGACCUGCUCCAGGGCUGGGAGACGGGCAUGGAGGAGUGGUGGAUCCUUCACGGUUGGAGCAGGACAGCAAUAUGAACAUGCAGAGCCUGCUGGAGAGCCUGAAGGAACAGUUUCUGAGGACGUUCAACCUGUCUGGCUUGGGUCCUCCUGCUCUGUCUCCUGGAAGCACACGAGAGGAGCCACCUGAUUACAUGAUGGAGCUCUACAACCGCUUUGCUAAUGACCACACUGCCAUGCCCACUGCCAACAUAAUCCGUAGCUUCAAAAAUGAAGAUUCAUCUCCCAGUGCUGUAGGGGUUGGAGGAGUGAGGCGCCACCCACUCCUCUUCAAUGUGUCAGUCCCCCAUCAUGAACGCAUCACAGCAGCUGAGCUCCGCCUCUAUACCCUUGUCCAGACUGACCGCCACCUCUAUGCUGGUGUUGACCGCAAGGUCACAAUCUAUGAAGUGGAAUUGCAUGAAGGGGAUGACAACACAACUGAUGAGAAUGCAGAGAGAGGAGAUGGAUUUAGAGGGGGAGGAGGAGAGCAAAUAGAACUGGUGGAGUUGGCUUCACGCCAGGUCUAUGGCACUGAUAAUGGCUGGGAGGCCUUUGAUCUCACUGUAGCUGCUCAACGGUGGCGCAAAUCUGAUCAUGGCACCACGCAUCGGUUGGAAGUGCACAUUGCCAGCAUGGCAAAUGAAGAUAAUGUUCAAGAUAUGACAGAGGACAACAAAGACAGGAAUCCACCUGAAGGAGACAUGACAAUUGACACUAGCCCUGAGGAAAAACACAAACCCCUGCUGAUUGUUUUCUCUGAUGACCAAAGCAGUGAUCACCGUGAUGACAAGCGUGAGCUAAAUGAGAUGAUUGACCAUGAAACUUCUAACAUGGUUCUUCAGAAUGACUUGGGGAUGGGUCUGAAUGGGCUGUGGGACGAGAUGGGCAGGGACAGGGAUGAAGGAGGUGAAGAAUCUGAGCCAGAUGAAGAAGACCUGAUCCAAAUGCGUUCCAACCUGAUCUACGACACAGCAUCCCGCAUUCGUCGCAAUGCCAAGGGAAACCACUGCAAGAAACAAUCUCUGUAUGUAGAGUUCAAGGAUAUUGGAUGGGACAGUUGGAUCCUGGCACCCACUGGUUACGAUGCCUUUGAGUGCACUGGCAUAUGUUCCUUCCCACUGACAAAGCACGUCACACCCACCAAGCAUGCCAUUGUCCAGACACUGAUCAACAUCAAUAGCCCUCAGAAGGCAGCACGAGCAUGUUGUGUGCCCACCAAGCUGGAUCCCAUCUCCCUCCUGUACCUGGAUGACACAGGUGUGGUCACUUACAAGUACAAGUUUGAGGGCAUGGUGGUGGCUGAAUGUGGCUGCAGAUAGUUCAUGCUUUGAGAGAGCUUAACUCUUAGUGAAGUCUUACAAGAAGAGAAAAGACACAAAACUAACAAUAACCUGAAAAAGGAGAUAAGCCAAGACUGUCUACAACAAAAAGAAAAUGGACAAUUAUUGGAAUCUCUGGAAGGGUUAUUCAAUGAGACUGGAAGUGCACGACCACUAUUUAUAAAUCUGUGUGCUCCAAAUGAAUGAUUGUGGACAAAUAUGUAUGUUGUACUGAAAGACAGAAAUGAAUACUUCAUCUUACAAGGCUAAAGUCAAGAUUAUCAGUUGCCACCAUUCAGACAGUGGAGAGACAGUGGAGAUGUGCAGCAGAUCUACAGUCAAUGUGUUGCCAAUAGUGAUACCAAGGUGUGUCUUCAUACCGACAAGACUAAAAAGGCACAAGAUUUCCCAAAGGACCCAACCAAGUACAUUCUACAGUGUGUGCAGCCUGGUGGGAACUGGUGGGCCAGUUGUCCCCCUCCCUCUCCUUCCCCCUGUCUUCCUCUCCACUUAUCUCUAGCCUACUCACUUGAUGCAAACACUAAUCAGCACUUCAUGUGCCCUCUGCAGUGAAAUGACCUCCCUGAGGCAACCUGACAAGACAUGAACUCUCCAGGACCACCUCCUGCCUCCUGUAGCCUCCUGAUACGUAGGCGCUGUGCAGGGGUCCUAUUGGCAGGGUUAUCUACCCAAACCCUGUUUCCCACUUCACAUGCCUCUUUUCCACUCCCCCAAGGCUACAGCGAUAGUAAGGUGUUGGAGGCUAAGAAACAUGUAUGCCACCAUUCAGACUUGGAGAACUGGACGCC